AAUCUCCCUCCCUCAGCAUGGAUCUCCAGGAUUUUGUAGAUAAUUAUCGUUCUGGUGAUGAAGAUGUCUAUGAUGAUUCAAUAGUUUAUGGGGAUGGUUACGAUGAUUAUGAGGGUGAAUGUUUUUAUUUAUCCACGGAUGAUGACGAGGGUGAGGGGACUAUUCCCAACGAUGCCAGAAUCUUAGGGGAUGAGAAGAAAAAGCCAGACAUGUCAGGAACAAGAAUGGAGAAAGAAUUGAGUUCUCAUCAUCUUAGUGGUGAUGGAGAGAAAACUAACAUGGAUAUCGAAGAUAAAGCUUUAGAGGAGAAUAUGGCAACUGAGAGGAAGAAAAAGGAGAAGCGCAAGUCUCAGGAGGAUGGGGUCGAAUCAGAGCAGAACAGCGGUAUGGAAAUUGCUAUUGAAGUGAAGAAGAAAAAGGAUUCUAUAAGCAAAAAUGAUGUUCAAUUUAUGGGGAUGGUUAUGAUGAUUAUGCGGGUGAAUGUUUUUAUUUAUCCACGGAUGAUGAAGAUGGUGAACCGAACGAGGGGACUGUUUCAAUCUUAGGCGAUGAGAAGAAGACAACAGACAUGUCAGAAUCAGGAGUGGAGAAAGAAUUGGUUUUUCAUCAAAUCAGUGGCGAUAGUGCCAGUUCUUGUCAGUUGCGUAUUUAAAGAAAUUGUGAAGAUUCGUUAUUAGCCUAUCUACUACUACCAUUUGUAGAUGGCCGAAAAAGAUGCACCUGAUGCAGUCAUAAGCCUAGUUAGUGAGUCAUGGAGAGAAAACUAACAUGGAUAUUGGAGAUGGAGCUUCAGAGGAGAGUGUGGAAACUGAGAGGAAGAAAAAGGAGAAGCGCAAGUCACAGGAGGAUGGGGACGAAUCAGAGCAGAACGACGGUAUUGAAGCUGCCAUUGGAGUGAAGAAGAAAAAGGAUGGAUGGUUAAACUUAACUUCCAUGCAAGCAUCCAAAUCUUCAGGGUAAUCAAAGAUUUGAAGCUGUUUUAAAGGGGAACAAGUUUUAAAUGUUUUUGAUUACCGUUAAUUGGGUACUGUCAAUGUUAGUCUUUAUCUCUAGCUCGAAAGCGAACGUAAAAUAUAUGUCGAGUACUCUUCAGACUGUGCACCAAAUUCAGAUCAAACUUAGAAGUACACCUUACAACAAA